UCGAUGACAUUUAUGUGGCCCACAUGAUAGUAUACCCAACCGUCCGGUAAUCAGGAUGGGCUGAAGGUAUUGCAGUACCGAAUGACCAACCGGUCAUUCUCGAACCUCCUGCCAAGGCGUCCGUCCGAUGCGGCCUUCUGUCUUCACCGCCGCCACGCUAUGUCUGGGCCUCUUGAGCUGCAUCUAUUGUCCAAUUGCUGCCUUUGAGACGCGUUGCUUCCCGCCCGAGUUUUUGUUCGGCACGGCAACCGCCGCGUUCCAAGUGGAGGGAGCCUGGAACGACUCCGGCCGUGAACCGAGCAUCUGGGACGACUACUGCCGCUCUCAGGCGGGCCUGCAAUGCGCCGACGUAGCCGACGACUUCUUCCACCGCUACACUGAUGACGUGCAACGCAUGAGCGACAUGGGGCUGUCUUCUUUCCGUUUCUCCAUCUCCUGGUCAAGAAUCAUGAAUUGGGACGUCGAGAUUAAGAAAAUGGUGCCCAAUCCACAAGGGAUAGCAUUCUACCAUUCCCUACUUAAUGAUCUACAUGCGAAAGGGAUACAGGCUAUUGCCACACUCUACCAUUUCGAUCUACCGUUGACGCUACAGACACAACUAGAGCCCAACGGAUGGCUCAAUCCCGACAUUGUGACGCACUUUGAGGACUUUGCGACGCUGUCUUUUAACGAGUAUGGACACAAAGUGAAGUACUGGGCCACGUUCAACGAGCCGUUAACGUUCAUCAGCGGCGGCUACGGCUCGUGCGACGCCGCACCGGGUGGUAUGCAGUCAUCCGACUCCAACACGUACACCGUCGCUCAUAACGUCUUGCGUUCGCACGCACGAGCGGUUGCACUGUUCCGUAAGUUGAAGCAAGCAGAAAAUAACGUGGUAGAUACCGGUGCUCGCAUCAGUAUCGUUCUUAAUGCGGAGUACGGCUACCCCUUGGACGAGUUGAAUGCUCUUGACGUGGCAGCCGCGGAGCGUAAGAUGCAGUUCGAUCUCGGUUGGUUUCUGAUGCCUCUUGUGACAGGAGAUUAUCCUGAGAUCAUGCGCGAGCGUGUUGGAGAGCGACUGCCGAAAUUUACUAUCGAGGAAGCUACGCAAGUCAAGGGGUCGUACGAUGUCCUGAUGUUGAAUCAUUAUUAUUCGCGUGUGGUGACCGACUGCGACUCGGAGCGCUCGGAAAUUUCCUGCGAUGAACUCCCUCUGGGUUACGCUCGCGACAGGGGGGUUGACGACACUAGAGCUCCAAACGGGGCACGCGCAGCUCCUAGCCUGGAGUGCUCGUGGUUUUCAGGCUAUCCUGAUGGCUACUUGGCCACCAUCAAGUGGCUACAUGCCCAGGAUCCGGCAGCAGAGAUCCUGCUGACAGAGAACGGAUGGUGUGGAGAUGACCAAUUGGACAACUGGACGCAGCUCUGGUAUUUCCAAACAUACGUGGAGCAAGUGUACAAAGCGGUUGUGGAGGAAAAGAUCCCUGUCAUUGGCUACACGGCGUGGUCGUUCUUGGACAACAAUGAGUGGGGAUCGUACAAACCUCGUUUCGGGCUGCAUUAUGUAAAUUAUACCAAGAAUGCCUCGCCCAAGCUGGCUCGAAUCCCUCGUCCAGCAGCAAAAUGGUUCGCUCAGCUGUCGACCACCAAGUGCCUUGAUGGUUGGAACCUCGAGACUGUGCAAAUGAGUACGGAUGAGAAGCAAGAGGCAACAGCAACUCGAGAGGAACUGCACUACCCUGAAGCUGGCGGGAAUGGUGUCGGUGUCCCGUGGUCUCUGAGUGAAGUGAUCCUUCUAGUUGUAGUGGGUCUAAUUACCCUCGGUGCCAUCACGUGUGAGGCGAUGCGAGAACUGCGCCUUAGUAGCCAAGGCUCCCCUGAUGAGCUGCAAGUUCUCAUUACUGUCGAGGAAUGAAAAGUAUGCAACUAAAGUAAGAUUUUUUUUCACGACCCGAUCGGGGAGUACUGUUUUGACCCGCAUGGGGGUUCGUGUUCUAUUUGCUGUUAAGAUUGUUCACCUCAAUCUUGUGC